CUUAUUCUAGCAUUCUCUUUAAUGUAUACGUUUUUUCUUUUUCCCAGAAACAAGCCAAGAAAAAUGGUUCUGAUAAUAGUGCCAGUAGUAGUAGAGCUAAUACUCCUACAAGAUUAAAUGCUGAAGGUAAAGGAACUAAGCGAAAAUUGAAUGAAUCUUUGGUGUCAAAUAAGAAACCCAAAUCAGACAAUCAGUCUGGAUCCAGCAGUGUGAACUCUCUGGAUGGUAUUACUGAAGAAGCUAUCCGUCGGUAUUUGUCUCGCAAACCUAUGACUGCCACUGAAUUGUUACAGAAAUUUAAGAAAACUAAAGUUAACUCUCAACAACUUGUCACUAAAAUUGCCGAUGUGUUGAAAAAAAUGGACUUAGUGAAACGAAAGAUCAAAGACAAGAUGUAUCUGUCUCUUAAAUUUUAACUUAUCUUGUAAAUACAAGUUUUGUUAUUUAUGUUGUAUGAUGUUUUAUUGUCUAUAAUAAAAUAGCUGUUAUUUUCA